AUGGUGCUCGCCAAAUCCAAAAAGAGUGUCGGGCUGGGUAACAGCCUGAUGAACGAUAGGUUCGCAAAGGGAAAGGGCGACAACCUGCGCAAGGGCAACUUCAAUGCGGGUAUCGAGCGAACAGGUCAGAAUGGCGAAAAGUACAUCACGAACGAGAAGAAGGAGGCUUCAUACAUGAAGAUGCGCUCCGUUACCGAACAGGGCGCUCUCGACGACUUCCUUUCGACUGCAGAGUUGGCCGGUACCGACUUCACCGCCGAGAAGAUGAACAACGUCAAGAUCAUUCACAAGGACCAGAAGAACCCAUACCUCCUCUCGCCACUUGAAGAGCGCAAUGCCACUCGCCGGCACAAGGAGAACAAGAACAGGUUGACUGUGCCGAGGCGACCUCGCUGGGACAAGGACACUACGCCACAAGAGUUGGACGAGAAGGAGAGGGCAUCCCUACUGCAGUGGCGGAGAGGCUUGGCUGAACUACAAGAGAACAACGAUCUCCUCCUGACACCCUUCGAGCGCAACCUCGAGGUUUGGAGGCAGUUGUGGCGUGUUAUCGAAAGGUCGGAUCUGAUUGUGCAGAUUGUAGACGCUCGAAACCCGCUCAUGUUCCGAUCCGAGGAUUUGGAAGACUACGUCAAGGAGGUAGACCCCAAGAAGAACAACCUGUUGCUGGUCAACAAGGCAGAUAUGAUGACGUUGGAGCAACGAAAGGCCUGGGCCGACUACUUCACUGAAGCGGGUAUCAACUACAAGUUCUUCUCGGCUGAACUCGCCAAAGAGAUCAACGAGGCUCGCGCUGGACUCGAGGACGACGAUGAAUCGGAUGAGUCUGGCGACUCCGACGAACUGCUGACUGACGAUGGCAUGGGUGAGGACUCCGACGCAGAAGGCGAUGAGCUUGCAAAAGAGGCCAAGAAGAUCGACUUGCAAGAUAAGCAAGAGGAGAAGGAACAGUGGGUGGAUGAAGAGACAGUCGACGUACCAGGCGCGAGCCAGUCAGAGGCUGAUGGCGACGAGCGCACGCGGAUAUUGACUACCGAGGAUCUCGAAGCCCUCUUCCUUCAACAUGCGCCUGAUGUCGACACCGGACCCAACGGUGAGCCGCGAAAGACAUCGAUUGGUCUUGUCGGUUACCCCAACGUCGGAAAGUCGUCCACGAUUAACGCCUUGAUUGGCGCAAAGAAAGUGUCUGUGUCUGCCACACCCGGAAAGACUAAGCAUUUCCAGACCAUUCAUCUCAGCGAAAAGGUUGUCCUCUGUGAUUGUCCCGGUCUAGUGUUCCCCAACUUCGCAACAACCAAAGCAGAGCUUGUCUGUGCUGGUGUCCUGCCAAUCGAUCAGCUUCGAGAGUACACCGGUCCCGCAGGCCUUGUCGCACGUCGCAUCCCGCAACCAUUCCUCGAGGCGCUAUACGGAAUGAAGAUCCAUCCUCGACCCAUCGAAGAAGGCGGAACCGGCAUCCUGACCUCUGACGAAGUCCUCCGUGCCUACGCUAUCGCCAGAGGCUUCUCCACUCAAGGUCUAGGUCAACCAGAUGAGUCCCGAGCAGCACGUUACAUCCUCAAAGAUUACGUCAAGGGCAAGAUUCUCUUCUGCCACCCCCCACCCACCGACCCUCCGCUAGACCCCAAGCACUUCAACCGCGAACUCUACGAUAUCAACCAUCUCCCCGCUAAGCGCCGACACCACCCUCUUGCAAAUCUUCCUGGUAACACUUCCCUCGCUGGUCCGGAGGCUGACGACAUGUCGCUCAUGGACGACGACCUCGACGGUGGUGUACCUGUCCAAGGUGAAAAAACACAACGUAUGGACAAGCGCUUCUUCGGCCCUGGGCAGGGUAUGGGAAGGGUCAACCAACCGUUUCACUACAAGUACAGUGAGCAGGGAAAGGAGCUGAGUGGUAGGAAAGCGAAGAUGGUCGCUGCGCUUGAGGCGGAUGUUGAUCCUACGGAGAUGAAGAUGAACAGUAAGAAGCACUUCAAGGCUAACAAGAGGAGGGCCAAGAAGGUGCGGUCGGAGUAUGUGGAUUAG